UGGUGCAAGGCGACAUCUCGAACCGGCUCCCUCGAGGCCACGCCUCACAAAAGGAGCAGUUCCAAGACUGCAGCUCAAUCGCACCGUACUACACAACUCCGUAUUAAGGGCAACGCGUCGUACGAUGACGCAGGUAACCGUGGUGCUCCUGCUCCUGCAGGCGAUCCCAUGUGUAUUUGCAGACGAUGACUUCAUACAGCAAGGAGGAACUCCUGUCGUCUGCUAUUAUUCUGGCUGGGCAACUACGAGGGCCAGUCCUAUGAACUACAACAUAGAAGACAUACCGGGGGACCUGUGCACGCAUGUCAACCUCGCAUACGUAGGAGUCGACGACGACCAAAAUGACAUAAAGAGCAUCAUACCAUCAUACGCGAAUAAUACACGACGCUAUAAGGAAUUUGCUAACAUAAAGAACAAGUUCUUGCUCGUAAAAGCAAUGGUAUCUGUUGGGGGAUGGGAACACGGAGCAGGGUCUCUCUCGAAUGUCGCUAGGACACCGCAAGGAAGACACUCUUUCGCCAAGAACGUCGUGAAGUUCCUCCGGGAACAUAAGCUCGACGGGGUAGACAUAGACUGGCGGUUCCCAGCCUACGGUGAUCGAGGAGGGUCUCCUGAAGACAAGGGAAACUACGUCGAACUACUGAAGGAGCUUUCCAGGAUGUUCAGAGGCAGAGGCCUGGUUCUGACGGCCACUGUCCCAAUCACCCCGUUUUUCCUCGACGACGGUUACAACGUUGAAGAAAUGGUCAAGCACGUCGACUGGCUCAACGUUAUUGGCUUUGACCUGAGAGGCCGCUGGAAUGGUCGGACCGGAGUGCAUAGUCCUCUUUACGGCAAGGCGCUCGACACCGAUGACGUUUUAGGAAUCAAUGCAGAGGACGGCCUAAAAAUGCUUGAAGAGCUUGGAGCACCGAAAAACAAGCUGGUACUCGGAAUUCCAUUCUUCGGUAGAAGCUUUGUGUUGGCGGAUAAAAACCAGCAUGGUAUCGACGCACCGGCUACGCAGGAGUCUGCGAUACCAGGUCCAUACAUUGGAAGUGGUGAGAUUAUGGCGUACUAUGAGAUAUGUACGAAUAUAGCUGAUGGUAUAGCAACACGGGUAUUCGACGAUGACAGCAAAUGUCCGUAUGCCUAUUAUGAUAAUCAAUGGGUCGGCUAUGAAGAUGAAGAAAGCAUCGGAUAUAAGAUGGAUUUCAUCAUCAAAGAGGGGUACGCAGGUGCCAUGGUGUUCAACAUCGACAUGGAUGAUUUCCAGUCAUUCUGCGGAACUUCGAAUCCACUUCUUAAGAAAAUAUAUGAGAAGCUGGCUGAGGCGGACGAUGAGUGAGCUACGCAACUGGCAAUGCUUCUACACAAACUACCAGCGACCGUAUGGUGCCGCUAAUGACGUCAUUAAUCGCUGCCUUGCAUAAUCAUGCUCGAGUGAUGUGCUAGGGCCCGGAAGUUUGAACACUAAAAAAUUACAGGACCGUUACGACUCGUGUAACGCGACAUUCUGGGUCAGCUGUGCGUAUGGUGAAAUAAGGCCGGAUGAAAGUGCGUAAACAAUUUUAUUUGGGCGUGAUGAGUAUUGAUUUGUGGCCGCUGAAAUGGUUGGCGAGGUCAGUGGUGUCCGGAACGUAGUAGCUCUUCUAGAACACCAAGUCUCUGCAUGAGCCAUGUAUAGUAGUGGGUUGACGGAUGUCAAUGCACAACGGAAGGUCUAGUUGUUCGGACAUAUCACUAAGGAAAGUGAUGUUCUUGGACACCAUCUGGACAAUGGACUCCUUCGCAUGACAAUGCAAUAACACACACAGCUCUCCGGGUCACACGAUUCCGCAAACACAACGUCACUGUGCUUCCACAUCCCUCGUACUGAACUCCCAUCGUGAGAUUUUUUUUUGUUUCCACAUUUAAACACACACACACACUAAAAGGACAUCACCACGAUAACAUCGAAGCUGUUCAGCCCGCCGCAACGAUCUGGGAACGAUCUGGGAACAGUGUAGUCGCGAACUACACAGCGCAUAAAACACACGAGUAGUCCCUCAGUAACCUUCAUUGGAUGUUCUCUGUACCACGGAGCUGCCAGCAGUUUUUGCGAAGCCAAGCGGGCCCCAUUCUCAUCGUGCUGUAUUAUACAUUACGCCGGGAUCCCCUAAAGGCGAGAUCAAGAAGUUCCAAUUACUCUACAAGCAACACCUCCAUAGAAAAAUUGAAGGAACACAACAUGCCUAUGAUGGUCAUGGGAGACCAGAACAACUGGUUCGCGGACUUUAUGAAGCCAAAGCUUCCACUUGUGGACGAGAAAUGACCACAACCCCUACGGAAACUGUUAUAGGUCGUGUCUUCGUCAGGAGCAUAGACAAGCUAGUGGUGGACACGUACGUCAGCUGCUUCAGUCUUCACAGGCUUCUACUGUCCAUCGUGACAGAAUGCCAGCGAUGAGCUCAUAAAUGCUAUCGCAUUUCAAUGACAAUCUGCACGAGGAUUCUUUUCUUUCCUUUUUUUUUUUUUUUUUGAACAGCAUGUCGACGUACCCUUUGGCUGACCUAUCCUCCUUUUUUACCCUUUGUUCUAAUAAAUACAUCCACCCCUUCCA